GGCGGGCGAACGACUGUCGCGACUGGCGAAUACUUACUGUGUUACAUCUUGGUAAUACCCAGACGUAGGCUAUUCUUGGUAGGCGUCUUCCAUCUGUGACAAGGCCAGGCCGUGGUGGUACAACUUUUAGAUACAUCGGGGCGAUCCAGUUUUGUUUUACUUUUUCAUUUUGAGAGGUUUUCAAAUAUUUCAGAGUUUUUGAACUGCGGCUUGGCUUGGUACUAGGAAGCAAAAUGAAAGCGCCUCCUUUCUCCGGACUUUAGUAGAGUCUAGUGCCUUUACUCCAAAGGAAUGUGAUUGCUAACUUUUUCUUCAGGGCAAAUUACCUAAAUCAGGCUAUGUGUUUGUGACUACAGAUUGUGAAAAUAUCCAGAGGAGUUCUUCAAAUUUCAGAGGCACACUAAGGAGUGGACAUUUGUGGAGCUAAAGCUGUCUGGACCUCAGCCAUGUCAUCCAUAGACCCCUACCAGUACAUCAUUGUGGAGCAGCAGUACUCUCACAAGUACAAAGUGACAGUGUUGCGGGCUGAGAAUGUCACCAAAGGAGCAAUUGGUGACCUCUUGGACACCCCGGACCCCUACUUGGAGCUGUUUAUCCCCACAGCUCCAGAGAGCAGGAAGAGGACCCGACACAUAGACAACAACAUCAACCCAGAGUGGAACGAGACGUUUACCUUCAUCCUGGACCCCAACCAGGAGAAUAUUCUAAAGAUCACUCUGAUGGAUGCCAACUACGUGAUGGACGAGACUCUGGGCACAGUCACAUAUGACAUCUCCAAACUCAAAGUGGGACAGAUCGAGACAGUGCCUUUCCCCAUUGGCAAGACAACCAAAGUGUACCUGGAGAUGUCACUGGAAGUCUGCUCAGACCUGGACCUGCGCUUCAGCCUGGCUUUGUGCGAUAAGGAGAAGCUGUUCCGACAGACGCGCCGGGAAAAGGUGAUGCUGGGGAUCAAGAAGCUGCUGGACGGCGAGAAACCUCGCUACCUGCCCAGCUCACCGCAAGAGGUGCCAGUGAUUGCUGUGGUGGGCUCGGGCGGGGGCUUCAGGGCCAUGGUGGGCUUCUCUGGGGUGAUGAAGGCCCUGUACGAGUCCGGUGUGCUGGACUGCACCACCUACAUAGCCGGCCUCUCUGGCUCCACCUGGUACAUGUCGACGCUGUACUCUCACCCUGAGUUCCCCAACAUGGGCCCGGAGCAGAUCAACCAGGAGCUGAUGCGCAGUGUGAGCAGCAGCCCGCUGCGCCUGCUGCUGCCCCAGCACCUCACCCACUACAUCCAGGCGCUGUGGACCAAGAAGGCCAUGGGCCAGCCCGUCACCUUCGCCGACAUCUUUGGCAUGCUCAUCGGCGAGACGCUCAUCCCCGCAAGAAUGGACACUAAGUUGAGCAAGAUGCAGGAGAAGGUGGAUGAUGCGCAGUGCCCCCUCCCCCUCUUCACCUGCUUGCAUGUCAAACCUGAUGUGUCCGAGCUCAUGUUUGCAGAUUGGGUAGAGUUUAGUCCCUAUGAGAUUGGCAUGGCCAAAUAUGGGACCUUCAUGACACCUGACCUCUUCGGCAGCAAGUUCUUCAUGGGAACUGUAGUGAAGAAGUAUGAGGAGAACCCACUACAUUUCCUCAUGGGAGUGUGGGGUAGUGCCUUCUCUAUUCUCUUCAACAGGGUGCUGGGUGUCAAGGACUCAGGACAAAGGCAAAGUACUAUGGAGGAGGAACUGGAACAGAUUAGGCCUGCUGACUUCUUGGGGGCGGACAGCAUGGACAAUGACGAGGAGCCACACAAAGCUGGUACAGAGGGCAGGGAUGGUGAGGAUGAUUCCCACCAGCGUGCUCAGGCCAGCUGGGUUGCACGCAUGGUCACUUCUUUCUUCAGCGACUCGUCACUCUUCAACACGCGCGAGGGCCGCGCCGGCAAAGUGCACAACUUCAUGCUGGGCCUCAACCUCAACACCUCCAUGCCCUUCUCACCCUUCAGCGACUACAUGUCUCUGCCCUGUGAAGAGGAGGUGGACGCCGUCACAGACCCAGAUGAGUUUGACCGCAUCUACGAGCCGCUGGACGUGAAGAGUAAGAAGAUCCACGUGGUGGACAGCGGCCUGACCUACAACCUGCCCUACCCCCUCAUCCUGCGGCCACAGCGGGGGGUCGACCUCAUCAUCUCCUUCGACUUCUCCGCCCGGCCCAGCGACUCCAGCCCACCCUUCAAGGAGCUGCUGCUGGCAGAGAAGUGGGCUCGCAUGAAUAAACUGCCCUUCCCCAAAAUUGACCCCAAAGUGUUUGACCGCGAGGGUCUGAAGGAGUGCUAUGUCUUCAAGCCCAACAAGGGCGACAAGAACUGCCCCACCGUCAUCCACUUUGUGCUCGUCAACAUCGACUUCAGGAAGUUCAAAGCCCCUGGCGUUCCCAGAGAGACAGAGAAGGACAAGGAGUUUGCCGACUUUGACAUCUUCGAUGACCCCAACACACCUUACUCCACCUUCAACUUCCAGUAUUCCAACCUGGCCUUCAAGCAGCUGCAUGACCUCAUGGAGUUCAACACGCUCAACAACAUCGAUGUUAUCAAAGAGGCAAUAAAGGACAGUGUUGUGUACCGCAAGGAGACCCCGUCACGCUGUUCUGUCUCCCUCUCACUGAACGAGAUCCAGAACAAGAAGUUCCUGAAGAGGGACACCCGAGCAACAACGCGCAAGUGAAGGCCCGGUGGUGACAGCAGUGACCUCGCGUGACCUCUCAUGACCUCUCGUGACCUUUUCCAGACCGAGCAGAGGAGAAGGGUGGGGGUAUGGGGAGGUUUCUCUGGUCAUCUUCAGGUUGUCUCUCGUCUGUAGGAUUCUCUCAGCUGACCAUACUACAUUCUUUUAUGGGCUGCAGCGAGGCCAUUCAUCGUGUUACAGAGUAGACAUCUCCGGUCACCUCACCACCCCCAGCCCCCACUCCCAUCUGUGAACAGCCUCUUGAACUCCUCUGACACUUAAGACCAUGUGUGGGCUGAGGAAGUGUGAGUUUCCAUGCCUGAGAAAAGUCUUUUGAAUGUGGAACUGUAGCAGUGGAUUAAGACUGGAAAAAAACACACACACACACACACACACACACACACACACACACACACAAACACAACACUGAAUGUGCGUCAUUUUCAGGGUGGUGGAUGUUAUGAAACCUAUCAAGUGUAGGAAAUUGAAAGAUGGCCACUUAUGUUGGUGCCGUCUGCCGGGUUUGGCCAGACAUAAACUCAUCAUCUCACUUUCCAUCUCUUUCAUCUGAAUAGUCUCAGCAAGACGUAGUUUUGUGUUUAUUCACGUCGCUUUCGAAGAGUCAGUGCACGUUCCAAGUGUGCAUGCGAGGGCACAAACCCGCCUUGAGGAUGUGUUGAGUGAAGUUCUGCAGUAGAUACUAGGAAGCUCGCCGAAGCAUCAGUUUCAAAACAUAACCCUGUCCUCGAGCCUUCCUCAAAUCAUCUCAUGGAAACCAUGGAAACCAUGGUUUCACUUCUUUUCAUUCCUGCCCUCUUUUCCCCUCUCUCUCUCUCUCUAUCUUGCUGUCUUAGCAGGUGUUUGUGUUUGGUUUGGUCUGUUAUUACAGGGGCUUGCACAUUCCUGUUGUGUCAUUUCCUCUACGUUAACUGGGUGACCCUAGCAGUCACUACUCUGACAGUAAGAGAGAGUAAGAGAGAUACAUAGGUAGACAGAGAGACAAAAAGAGAGAGAAAGAGCGAGAGACAGAAACAAAGAAAGAGAGAGAGAGAGACAUUAAAGUUUCCAUUCCCUACUGGUUUCUCACAGUAUGCAUAGAUGUGAGUGUGUGCAUUCCUGUGCGUGUAUGUACAUGUGUGUGUAUGUGUGUGUGUGUGUGUGUGUGUGUGUGUGUGUGUGUUGUGUGGUGGAGGCCGUGGUAAUGGGUCUGGUAACCCUCCCCUCAGACGCUGUCAGUGAAAUCUUACUAUAUCACCACUGAGGUGUGGGGGUCUGGAAUGUGCCAGCUUCACCUGGGCCAGCACCAUCUUAUGGAAAAUAACUGAACCCUUUGCCUUACGAGGAUUCAUCUGACCGCUUCAGAGAGGACCCUGUUUCUUCCUAUUAUUGCAUCUGACUAUCUGUCCAUAUAGGAAUAUAUGUCAAGUGAGAAGUAUGUAUUUAAACAACAUACAUACAUACAUACAUAUGCAACAUAUUAAUUCUCCAUUUUGGGGUUGGUGGGAAAUGUAUCCAGAUUUUAAAUUAUUUCAGUGAGUAUGAGUCCUGUGUCAUUCACAUUUGUUUAACAAUACAAAAUAUUGAUGUGUCAUACAUACACUUGCUGUAGGUAUUUUGACUAAAGGUCACAUUGUAAGUAUGUGAUUCUCAGCUUUGCUCAAGGUAGCGAAAUUGCCACUGUACUGCCGUUGUAUUGACAUCCUUGUUUAGUAGAAUAUUCUGAUGCUGUAAUCAAUAUGAGCUCACAGACAGGAUCCAUCCAAGACAAAACACUUGGUUACACUUUGUUACACACUCCGUGCUUCCACACCCCUAACCCGAGUUUCAUGCAAGUAUAAAGUAUCAAUGUGACGUUACACUUGAUCUCUAGUAUAGUCACAUUGUAACAAGGCUGAUGUAAUGGACAGUGUAACCAACAAAGGCUCACUGGAACUCCCCUUGUAUUCCUUUGAGAAAUGUUUUGCCUUCUUUUGUAUGUAGUUGAAUGAAACAUAGCCAUUAGACAUAGCAAUGAAUCAUAGCAUUAGAAAUGUCUUCAUUUUUUUUUAUUGUCAGUGUGGCACUAAUUUGUUUCUGUUA